AUGUCCCCUUCAACCCUCACCCGCGCUCUGCGCUUCAACCCAACCUCUAUCAACAAAUUCGUUUCCUCAACUUCCUCCUCCAGCAGCGCCGCAUCUCGUUUCUUCACCUCCAACUCCUCGUCUGCGCGCCAAUACUCCACAUUCAGAAAUGCAUUUGCACGAACUCGUUUUGCGGGAAAGCAAACGAAGAGAUUUCAAAGUACAGAGGCUGCUGCUGCCACUGCAAACUGCGCAGCUCCUGUCAUGAAGUGGGCACUCGUCUUAGCCGGUAUCUCUGAUCUUGCUCGUCCCGCCGAGAAGCUCUCUCUCACCCAGAAUGCUGCCCUCACUGCCACUGGUAUCAUCUGGACUCGAUGGUGUUUAAUCAUCAAGCCAAGAAACAUUCUAACUAACAAACCCAAAGCCUCGCAAACCGUCAACUUCUUCCUCGGCAUGGUCGGUGUCGUCCAAGUCACCCGUAUCCUCCUCCAUCAACGCAGCGAAAAGAACAAAUCCCUCACCGACAAAGCAGCAGAGGUUGGCCGCGAAGUUAAGGGAAAGGUCGAGGAUGUUGUUAAAUCAUAA